AUGACGCGCUGGAAGAUCAGCACCCGCUUCCUCAUCAUCUCCGACACGCACAGCAAACAGUUCCCUGAUGACCGCGUACCUUUCACUCCAGUUGACGUAGCCAUCCACUGCGGCGAUCUGACCCAACACUCAAAACUUUACGAAUUCGAAUCCGCGAUCAAUCUUCUCAAACAGCUCAACGCUCCUCUCAAGCUUGUCAUUGCAGGGAACCAUGACUUCACGCUUGACAAGCCUACUUAUAAGAAAAUGAGAGCGGAGAUAGCGCCUCCGAAUAUGGGGAGGGUGGAGAUGGAGUAUGGGUGUCCUGGAGAAGCGACACGUUUAAUGGAAAGUGCUGCAGAGUACGGAAUCGUAUACCUGACAGAGGGCGUGCACCACUUCGAUCUUGACAACAGGGCGCAUCUGGUCGUUUACACGAGUCCGUAUACUCUUUCAGAAGAUCCCUGGGGUUUCCAAUACAACAUCUAUGAAGGCCACGACUGGAAGAUAAACGAACAAGUCGACAUAAUGAUCACUCACGGUCCCCCGCUGCAAAUCCUCGAUCAAGGCCGUUGCGAAAAACAUAUCGGCUGUCCGGAUCUCUUCAGAACAGUAGCCCAAGCAAAGCCUCUAAUGCAUUGCUUCGGCCACACACAUAGCAGCUGGGGUGCUGAGCUGAUUAGGUGGCGAGAUUGCCGACUUGAGAAGUUCUCGCAUGCUACUGCUAUUGAUGAGAAGGAGUCAAUAGUGCUGGAGAAUCUUGACAAGGUAAAAUGGGGGAGGAAGGAGUAUGAGAAGGAUAGGGUUGUGUUUACGAAGCAUGGGAGAGGAGAUUAUAUGGAGGUUAGGAGGAAGGUUGAUACGCUUUUUGUUAAUGCUGCUAUUCAGGGGAUGAGGAAGGGUUCUUUCAAUUUUCCUUUCGUGGUUGAGUUGGAUCUUCCUAUAAGUUGA